AUGCAAUUCGUUCGUCUUCGCCAAGCGAGCUCGCUGUUGCUCUUGACAGCAGCGGUAGCUCACGCCACCCUGCAAAUUGUUCCUGGAGCAACUUGGACAGCAACCAAUACUGGACGCCAUAUCCAAGCUCAUGGAGCUGGAAUAAUCGAGGAGUCCGGAACCUAUUAUAUGAUAGGUGAGGACAAAACACAAGGAAGCCCAUUCCAAAACAUCAACUGCUACUCAUCAACCAACCUUGUCGAGUGGGAGUUUGAAAAUGCACUUCUGUCUCUGACUUCGAGUGGUGACCUGGGGCCUAACCGAGUCGUCGAGCGCCCCAAAGUCAUCUACAACGAGGGUACAUCUACCUAUGUCAUGUAUCUUCACAUAGACAGCUCAAACUACGGAGAGGCUAAGGUUGGAGUCGCCACAUCGAAAACUGUGUGUGGAGACUACAACUAUCUGGGUAGCUUCCGACCUCUUGGGUUUGAGUCCCGGGACAUUGGUCUCUUCCAAGACGAUGAUGGGUCUGCGUAUCUUCUGACCGAAGAUCGACCCAAUGGACUCAGAAUCGAUGCCUUGAGCGAUGACUAUCUCAACGUUACAGAGUCUGUAUAUCUUUGGGAUGAAAAUAUCGAGUCGCCUGCGAUCCUGAAGAAGGAUGGGAAAUAUUUCAUGUUUGGAUCACAUCUUACUGGCUGGAACCCCAACGACAAUGUCUACAGCUACGCUGAUUCUCUUUCUGGCCCGUGGUCCUCUUGGACUGAGUUUGCCGACGACGGGUCGAAUACCUACACUUCGCAGACAUCCUACAUACUGCCUCUGGGAGACUCGGCCAUUUAUAUGGGCGAUCGGUGGUUUUCAACCAACCUCAUGAGGAGCACCUAUAUCUGGCUACCGUUACAGAUUUCGGGAACCAGUGUCUACAUGGCGAAUCGCGUGAAUUGGGUCCCUCAAGUAAGCUCAAAAACCUGGACUACAGCGCCCUCGGAAAAUUGGUAUGAAGGUGAAGCGGCCACACUAUCUAAUGGUGCCGUUUCCGUCCAGUGCACUGGAUGCAGUGGUGGAGCAGCAGCCGGGUACAUUGGUGGCUCCAGUGGUGGAACAGCGUCUUUCUCCAGUGUCCACAGUGAUGCCACCACACGUACAACCAUUAGGCUCAAGUUCGCCAACGGAGACAGUGGCGAGCGCUAUGCCACGGUGGCAGUCAAUGGCAAGAAGCAGGCCAUUGCCUUUCUGUCCACAGGAACUGGACAAGACCCUGGAAGCAGCGUCAUCCACUGCGAUUUGAACUCAGGAUCUGCCAACACCGUUGUUAUAACUACGGAGGGAGGAUCCUACGGCCCUGACAUCGAUCGUAUCAUGGUGCCCGUGAAGUGA